AUGGACAGAGUUUUGUUAAAAUGUAUUUUUGACGAACUAUGUACAAGUUUCAGUAAAAAGGAAAUAAACGGAAGCAUAAAAAAAAGUGGAGAUAAAAAUAAAAACGAAAUUAACUAUUGCAUAACACUGCAAGAAUUGUUCGACAAUUUGGAAAAAAAUAAAAAUGUAUGCAUGGAUGUAUAUAUGAAAAGGGAAGUUCUACAAACAAUAUAUUAUUGUAAAGAUAUAUCUAUUUUGGCCGAAGAAGAAAAAAAAACAACGGGGGAAAAAAAUAACAAUGAUGGUAAUGAAGACUAUAGCAACUUCCCUCGUGACAAAUAUAACAACGGAUUUGGUGUGAAUAUUCAUAAAAAUGACCAAGAUACAAUAAUAAAUACCGCCAGCAAAUAUAAUUUAUACAUAAAUAAUAUAUACAUAUAUAAUAAGCAUAACUUAUUUUACUAUGAAAGAAUAAAAGAAUGUAAAGAAAAAAUAUUUAUCCUGUUAUAUAUUAUUUCAACUAAAUAUAAUGGAAGUAUUCAAAGCUCUUUAUCAAAGCAUCUCAAUAUCGAUGUUAAAAUGAUACACUACCAUUUAAAGGUUCUAAUCCAAUAUUCGUUAAUAAAAAAAAUAAACAUAAACAUAAACGGAACAGAAAAAAAUACAAAUAAUGAUAACUGCGAUAUGAGUAAUUCCGCAAACGGUGCAAUGAUUAAACUAAGUCCCUCUUAUAUUUUGUAUUAUAACAUAUACUUUAUAUAUAAUAUGCUACCAAUAUUUGUCAAAAAUAUUCUAUUUUCACAAAAUGUUUUGUCAAUUAACAAAAUAAUUAUGUACCUUAUAAAUAAAUUUAUAAUAAUACCACAAAAAAUAUUAUCCUUGAUUUUUUUUAAACUACUAAUUGUAUAUAAUCCGUAUUAUUUUAUGCGAAUAAGAAAAGCCUUAAAAAUUUUUAAUUCCAUUUUAUCCAAUUUAAUUAAUAGUAAUCAAAUUAUAAUGUGCAAAAUUAAAAUACAAUCAAACUAUGAAAUUUGUUAUUUAAAUUAUAAAAAUAAAGAAAAAAUAAGCUAUGAUCGCAUAAUUAAUUUUUUGUUAUCUUUUUAUUACAAUUAUGACUAUGUCAUAAAUUUUAUUGAUAAAUCAUGCUAUUUAAUGUGUGAAGAUUAUGUUAAUAAUGAAAUUCCUAUCAAAUCUUCGUUUAUGAACAAUUACUUUAUUCAUAAAAAAUAUAAACAAAAUUUAACCCAGCAAUUUUCAAUGUAUAUGGAACCAACUGGGCAAGAUCGCAUCAACACUAUUGUGUUACAAAAUGAAAUAGAGUAUAAUCAACGCAGGGAAAAUGGAUCAUUCAAUUUAAAUAAAUCAGAAUUAAACAAACAAGUUAAUAUUUCUAUCAAUGAGUUUAAAAACCAUGUGCACUUAAAUAUGGAUGACAAGUUUAUUGAUUCAGAUUUAUAUUCGAGUUCAGAAAAUGAUAAUUCUGCAUAUAGCUUAUCAGAUUUUUCUCCCAUUUUGGGAAAUAACCAAAUUGAAGCGACUAUAGAAAAAAAAGCAAAUUUCAAUGUUAAAUAUACUCAUGAAAGAAAUUCACAAAUUUCUUAUUCAGAAUCCCCCACACAUUCUAGUAUUGAUAGUGACAAUGGAAGCGACAAUGCUAAUCACCACGGAAAUAGCCUAAGUAUACGUUCUAGUAAUUUAUCACUUUAUGAUGAAAUGAAAUAUAUAAUAAUAAGUAAAGGUAUUAGUGGAAUAACGGCAAAAGAAAUUUCUCAAAGCAUACUCCUUUCCAUUAAAAAAACUAAUACAUUUUUAAAUAAAUUAGUAAAAAACAAAGAGGUUGUUAAAAUACCGGAACGAAAAGAUAAAAGUUUUAUGUACCGAUUUGUGGAUAAUAGAAUCUAUCAAUAUAUACAGAACAAAAAAAAAUAUUACACAAAUGUUGAGGAGCAAACUGAAGAUGUCGUAAGUUAUGCUAACAAAAAUAAGGAUAUGAAUGAAUGUAAUGUUAAUAUGAAAAAAAAAGCAGACCUUCAAAUUAAUGGGGAAUCUUCAACAUCCAUUAAAGCUAAUAGUAAUGAACAAUAUUCAAACGAAAUAAUGACAGAGUAUUCGGCCAAAAUAAAAACAGAGCAACUAAAUAAUCCAAUAACAAAUAAAAAUGUUUUACAUUAUAUCAAAAUUAACAACUUAAACGAAUCUCUAAAUAUACUAAACUAUACUAAUACAAUAAACAAGAUAGAUAAAAAUGUUUUGGAACAUGUAAUACCCCAAUAUGAUGAUUCAAUUAAUAAUUUCUCAAAUUAUAAAGAUUUUUUUAAUAAUUAUAUAAAUAAAAUCAAGCAAUUUGAGUACAAAUACGAUUUAUUUACAUCUAGUUUUCACCUUUUUUAUUAUGUCAAAAACAUUUUACAAAAAAAACAAACAAACAAGAAAAAUAAUGAUAAUGCUAAUUCAUAUAAACAUUCUGACAACAAUAUUAAAGUAGAAGAAAAUAUUCGUCAAUUUAAUGAGGAUAAUGCUCGUGAACAUUUUGAAGUAUUUAAUAUUAAUAUAAACAACUUGGAUGUUUCUAAAGCAAGUAUUGAUUUUAUAAAACAUUUUAUGGAAGAUACUACUAAACUAAAAAGUAAUUUAUUUAUUAAACGUUUAUUUAUUUUUACACAUUUUCUUUUAUGCUCUAAAGUUACUACAUUUCGAUUUGUACAAGAUCUAUUUACUAUUUUAGAAAAUAAUGGAAAAUUAAUAGAUCGAAAAUCAGUUGAAAGGCUAUUUAAUUAUUCAACAAAAAUAAACGCAUUUUUUAAAAAAUGUAUCCUCCAAAACAGUAAAAAUAUUAAAUAUUAUUUUUAUGAUUCGAACAUAUUGACUGAAAAGCAGUCUAUUGAACUUCAUUCUAAGCUUCAACAAGAGUAUGCACAUUAUUUUUACAAGCAUUCAGCAUCUACCAAACUUAAUGAUAAAUUACAUUUAAAUUGUCCCACCAACUUACAAGAUUUUCCAAAUUAUACUAACUUAGGUUCUAAAAAUAACGAUUUUCCAAAUAGUAUUAAUCCUAAUUUUGAAAUUAUUGUUGAUAAUGCAUCAAUUUCACAAAUAUCUCCAUCAUCGCACCCAAAUAAUUAUAAUAACUUUCUCAAAUUAGGAGAAAAUAAUUGUUUCCAAAACAUUGAUGCUUCAAAUGCUUAUAACAUGAACCCCCAAAUAUACGAUACAAAUGCCCUGUUAGGCAAUUACUCCAUUACAAAUAUCACAUUGAAUGAUAAAAAUAAUAACAAUAAAAGAUCGAUUAAUAACACAGAAAAUGAUAAUGCCUCUAUUACUUUUGAUCAUAAUAAAAAACACUUGCAUAUAGAUGGCUUAUUCACCAACAAUAAUGCAAAUGAUGCAAGUGCUGAUACCACCAAUUUUAAUGCAAAAAAAAGAAAAACAGAACAAAAUCAAAAAAUAAAUAAAAAAAACAUAUACUAUAAAAAUAGUAUUACAGAAAACACUCCUGAUAGCUCAAACAAUAAAAAUAAUAUACUAUAUAUCGAUGUAUUUAACGAAUCCGCUUUUGCUUGUAAUGAAAAUAAAUUUAUCACACCGAAAAAUAAAAAAAAACAUAUUUUCAAAAAUUUUAAAAUGUUACAGCACACAAGCAACAUAAGUUACUUCUAUGGAUACAUAUUCUCAAAAAUGGAAAGAUAUAAAUAUUUCCACAAGUGUUUGAUAAGGAUAAUGAAAAGAAAGAUGAAACAAAAAAGGAAUAAUAGAAUCUUGAAGCAAUGUAAUUCCAAUUCCAUGUUUUCGAAAACUCAACACGAACACGACGGAGUUGCCACAUGCCAAAAUAAAAUGAAAAAACGAAAAAUAUCUUUUGCAUUUGCAAAUAUAAAAGGAAAAAAUAAAAAAACAGGAAACAAAAAAAACAAUGUUAACUAUUUAAAAAUAAAAGAUAUACUUAAAAAUAUGUACCUCGAUGAAUACUUAAAAAUAAUUAGUGUUAGGUGUAAAUUAAACUACAUCGAAAAUUAUUUACUAAAGAAGAAAAAAAAAAAAAUUAAAUUAAAAGAAUUACCCCCUAUGUUAUUUGAAUAUUUAACAUCGUAUUCUCAACUACAUUCUAAUAAAAAUAAUCUGAUCAAAAAUUUUAUAUUUAAUAAAAGCCAAAAUAUAUAUAUAAAUGAAAAUAAACCAUUACGAUGUUAUUAUGAUCACAAUUCCUUACAAAUAGAAGAUACAAAAACAAAUCAACUUUGUUCCUAUUUAAACACAUGUGAAGAAAAUGAAUUAAAAAUAAAAAAAGAUUCUAUCUUUUCAUCUUUGGCAAAAUUCGAUAAACUAUGUCAACAUGAUAUUGACGUAAUAAAAAACAAUGAUAAAAUUUGUAUAUUUAUCUUCUUAUAUAGAAAAUUAAAAUUUUUAUAUAAUAUGAAAUCAAUUGAUCUUAGGUUUGAAAAUGACCAAGAAAAUAUUAAUUCUACACUUGUCAAUAUUGAUGAUGAUAAUAUAAAUCACACACCUACUUGCAACACAAAAAAAAACCUUUUUAGUAAUAGUAGUAACACCGAUUUAAAUAUAUCAAUUAUUGAUCUGACAAAAAAAAACUUUAAUAUUUAUAUUAAAAAAUAUGUCACAAUAAAUUUAUUUUCUUCUAUAAAACCAAAGAAAAAACACCAAAAAAAAAUUUACAAUAUUAUGCGAUAUAACCACUUCGAGGAAUACUACUACAUCAUAUACUUGUUAAUCGAACAGUUCAAGAAGCACAUUCUUGAAAACAUUCCUGACGAAUCUUCACGAAAAAAAACGAAACUAUCAGAUAUACCAAAGUUCCUAAAAAUUAAAAACAAAAAUCUGAAAUUCCUACUUUUUCACAAUUCAUACACAAAUCAAUUAUUAUUAACAAGAAAAAUAAGGAAGGUUUUUAUAAAUUUAAUUAAAAAAGUGAAAAGAAAAGAAACGAAAAAAAAAAGUAAUGUUCAAAAACAUAAAAUAAUGGAAGAAUUAAUUAUAUACAAAGAAUAUAACGUUUUAUAUAAUAUAUAUAAUAUAUCAAAAACAAAUAUUGAAAAAUAUUUCUUUAUUUUUUAUGAUUUAUAUAAUAAUAUUUCAACUAAAAAUAAUUAUGAUUUUCCAAAUGUCCUUGAAAAAGAAGACAAUAAUAAUAUUACCACUCUAUCUUAUUCUUGCCCCUUUUGUAAAAAUAUAUAUUUUUUUAAAAGUGAUUUAUUAACUCAUAUUUCAAAUGUUCAUAAUACAAAUAAAAACUUUUCAGAUAUCAUAUCGUUAAUGUCCAAUACUAAGCAUACCAUGCAUAAAGCACUGAGUGAUAUUUUAAAAAUUAAAAAUCUAAUAAACAAUGCCUCACCAGCAUAUGGGCAAAUUAUGCGAAUACAUAGAAAUAAUAACAUAAGUACAAUGGAUGAAAAUUUAGAUCAAGCAUCAUUAUUUCCGUCUAGUAAUUGCAUAACUAAAAGAAAUGAAUUACUAUUUCAUAAUGAUACUUCAUCCGAUAAAUUUAUUCAAAACACAAAAGAAACUAACAAGUAUGAGCAAUCUCUUCAAUAUGAACCAAAUAAUGCUUCUGAUGUUUUACGAGUACAAAAUACAGAAAUUAAAAAAAAUACAGAGUUAAAAAAACAAAUAAAUAUAAUAGAUCAACUUAAUACAAAUAAAAUAUUUUCCAGAAAUACACAUUUCAGUGUAAAAAUCAAAUACUCAUUACGAACAGUAUACCUUUAUUUUGUCACGAUAUUUAUUAAGCUUUACAUAUCUAGAAUUAAUUUGGAAAAAUGUACCAACCACAAAAAAAAUAUAGGCGAUAACAAAGGGAAAAAUGAGCAAAAGGUUUUAUUCCAUAAAAAAAUAUAUAAAAAUAGCAAGAAUUUAUUACCAAAACGAAAGCGGAACAAUUUAAAUUCCUUACCAAAUAAAAUUAAAUUAAUAUCCAACCAAUUAAAUACAUUUCGAUUAAUCUACUACUUAAAAAGCAAAACUAAUAGCAUACCAUAUAAGAAAAGUAUAUGGAACAAGUCCAACAAAGUUAUGAUAGGAAAAUUUAAGUACGCUGUAUGUAAAUAUAUUCAGAAUAAACUAUUUUAUUAUUUUAAAAAAAACAUUGUGAAUUAUUUUUUUAUAUUAUUAAAUGAAAAUUUAACUAGGUGUAUAUUAAAUUACUUCCCAACAUAUAUAUACAAUUGCACAUAUACAAAUAUAAAUUAUUACUUUGAUAAGUGUAUAAAAAAUAUUUACGAUUUUAGUUUUAUAUCUCUUAUAAAUUUAAUGAAAUUAUUUAUUAUCAAUUAUGGUAGCAAAUUUAUGUUAUAUAAAGAAAUAAUCAAACCGCUAUUUUAUCAAAAAUUACGAAAUAUACAAAACGGAAUAAAAUAUUUAAAAAAAUAUAUAUACGUUGUUGAUACAAGCUAUGUUUUGUCUAAUUAUAUAACUAAUGAUAUAGUUUGCGAUAAUAUAUAUUCGAACCUUAUUUACAAAUCUAUUUUUUAUAAAAAAAAACUUUCACUUUUUACAAAAAAAAAAAUAUUUGACAAUGUUAUAGAUAUUAUUUACUCAUUUGGUAAUUGUUACUUUUCAAAAAUAUUAGAAUAUUCACAUUCAGAAAAUUAUCAAAAUCAAUUUCCUACGUUAAAUUACCAAAUUGAUCAAUUAUUACUGCACAUCGAUAAUGUAUACAAUCAAGAGCAAAAUAAAAUUUAUAUUUCUAACUAUGAAAAUUUUGAUGUAAAUAAAAGUACAUGCAAUGAGUCUAAAAAAUACAAUUUCAAUAAAAAGUUAACAAUUUUUGAUUUAAAUUUUUAUGUACACAAAUUUUUAAAAGGUGACAUCACUUUAUAUGCAUGUAAUAAGUAUACAAUAUCAGAUGAUAUGCAUAUCGAUGAAAAAAAAAAUACCCCACCCAAAUUUAAUAACCAAAAUAAAUAUUAUACUCCUGAUAUAGAUGUUAAACAAAACAAGAUAGUGGAUAAUACCAAAUAUAGCAAAGUAUUUUUAAAUAAUAAUAAUAAAGAUAAAAACAAAUUUGAGAUUGAUGAAAAUUCUCUAAGCUUUAAUUCUUCAAAUGAUGGCAACUUAGAUACAUUUGAUCAGCUGUCAGAUGAUUAUGAAAUUAUAAAAUUGUUGGAAAAUGAUAAUUAUAAUAAUGAAAAGCUAUUAGGAGGGGGUAUAAAUAAACAUAUAAAUCAUUUAACUAAACAUGUUAGCGAAUAUUUUCCGAAUUAUUACAUUCUCAACGGUUUAAAAAAAAAAAUAUUAAAAAGACUAUCAAAUAUUUUUUCUGAUAAUAAUAACAAUUUUAUAUCUCACAAUUUUCAAAAUGAAAUUUGCCACAAUUUUUAUUAUGACCCAAAUUAUAUAAAUAACUAUUUUUUUAAUUACUUUAAAAAAUAUUGCAUGUAUAUUUAUCAAAACUAUAACAAUCCUAUUCGAUCUAAAAAGUUGAAAAACUUCAAAAAUUACACAUUAUUAAACACUAGUAGCACAAACAAUUUAAAUUUUAGCGAUCUUUUUAACAAAUUUGUAGAAAAAAAUGAUUUCCCCAAUUCAACAGUUUAUAAAAAAAACAAACUACUUAUUUAUAAUAUCAACAAAAAAACAUUUAUCGAUUUUGAUAUAUAUCCUCAAAAUAUUCAUUUAUAUAAUAUUGCAUAUAUUUCAAAUAUCCAAAAAAAUAUUGAAUCAUUUCUAGAUAUACAAGUGUUAAAUUUGAAAAAUGGAAUUUUUUGGAUGCAAAGCGAAAAGAGUACAUCAAAAAAAAAAUUCACAAAUUUAUAUAAACCAGUCAUAAAUAAUAAUAGUAUAAAUGCAAAUAAGUUGGGUAUUAACAAAGAAAAUAUUUUACAAAAACAUAACUGUAGUAUUCCGAAUAAACCAGAAAAUGAAACCAAAGGCUCACAAGUGUUGCACUCAAACCGAAGAAAAUAUAUAGCAAAAUAUAAAAGUUUUAUAAGAGAAACACAAAUUAAAAAAUUCGUAAAAAAAGUUACCAUUCGAAAUAGAAAUAAUAGUGAUCAUGUUGGAACCAGCAAAAGUGAUAUUAGUAAUGAUAAUGCGCAUAAAGAAUCCUUCAUAUUUUUUGUCCAGUUAAUGUAUCAUGUUUUUUGCAUGGACAAUAUACAAAAUAACUAUGAUGACCAUGGGAAUUACAAGGCGCAUAUAUAUGAAGAAAAUAAAAAAAUAAAAAAUGUGGGAUAUAAAAUAAACAAUAUAUACAAAUAUAAAACUAUAAACAAUGAUGCAAUAGGAAAUAUAAAUAAAAAUAACUACAUCGGCAAUAAUGCAUAUCAAACAGAUAAUAGUCUUUACGAAAAUAACAUUGUAAACAACCAUGAUGCUUCCCAUAUUAGUGAUAAUGCCAAUGUUUCUAAAAAUGAUACAACAGAAAAGGAGGAUUACUUAUUUAAUCAAAUAAUGAGCAAAAUGUUAUAUAUGUUUUUCAUAGUUAAACAAAAAAAAAAAAAAGGAUGUUUUAUUGAUAGCUUAAAAAAAAAAUAUAUAAAAAAAUUUAUUAAUAAGGCAUGUUAUAAUGAAUAUUUUAAUGUAAAAAAGGAAUAUAACUUUAUCCUUUUUCUUUUAAAUAAAUUAAAUCUUAUAAAAAUAUUCCCAUUUAUUAAUACGCAUAAGGUAUUCUUAGCACAGUAUUAUAAUGGGAUUAAUAUGUGUAAAAGAAAGACCUUAUUUUAUGAACAUAAUUUUAAACACCCGUUUUUAAACAUGAUAAAUUAUUAUUUAAAAAAUUUUAAAGUUAAAACACAAAGGUAUUCAGAUAAUGAAAAAAAAACAUUUAAAAAGUUUAUCAAAAAAAAUAAAAUACUCAGUCAUAUGGAUGGACAACAUACCAACAAUAACACUCCAUAUGAAAUCGGUACUAUGAAGAAUAUAAGUAAUACCAUCAAUGUAAAAAAUAUAAACAACGAAAAUAGUAGCAAAAACAAUAUAAUUGAUGAAAAUGAAUUGGCUAAUCGAUAUGCUUACAAAAAUGUUACCCAAGAAAAAAUAAUAUAUAAAAAGAAGUAUAUAAAUUAUAGCGAUUAUAUAUACAUAAACUUCAUAAAUAACAAUACUUUAAAAAAACCCAAUUUUAUUCCAAGAUUAAUACUAUUAUUCAACCUCCAAUGUCAUAUUAUAAUUCACGAUUACUUUUUUAUGUACUUAUGUGAAAAUUAUGAACAAAUUCAAAAAUUCGAAAAAUCUAUAAACGAUAAUUGUAAUGAUUAUACGAAUAUUUUGUACAAUACAAGAAUAGGAAAUAAAAUAUUAAAUUAUAUGGGAAAUAAAAAAUAUCCAACUGUCAUUAAAUAUAUAAAACGCAUUAUAAAUAACGUAUGUAUAUAUUUUGAAUACAAUAUAUUGUUGUAUAUAAACAAUAAUAAAAGAAAUUAUUUACAAAAACAAGAUAAUAACAGCAAAUCCAAUAUUAUUUACUAUUUCAGGGACAAUUACAUAAUUGCAAAUAGCUUCAUAUAUUUAAAUGGUAGUGUAAACAUAAAAUUUAUGUUUUUCUACAUCCUGAAAAUAUUUUUUUAUAUCAAAAAUAACCCGUAUUCCUCUAUAUUCGACAUAUGCAAGAUGACCGAAAUACUAAACCUUUGUGAUUUAAACACACUCCUGAGAGCAAUGUGUGAUGAUGGAUUCAUUUCCUUCAAAUUGAUGUUCGUGAAUAAAAGAAGUGAAAUUUAUAAGUUGAAAAAAAAAUAUCAAAUAAUAAAGGACUUUAACGAUUUAAUGAGGAAUGAUAAUAUAAAAAAAAAAAAAAAAUCACAAAUAAAAAAGAAAAGAAAAGCUACAGCUUGCUAUUUUUUUGAUACAACAUCAGAAGACGAGUUUUCUACUGACAAUGAUACUUUUAAAACAAUAAAUAAAUGUAGAAAAGACACUACUAUACAUGCAAAUCAUAUUAUCGCCAAAAAUUCCAAAACCUUUGAUAAAACGCCCAAAAAAAAUAAUUUAAAAAAUUAUAAAUUAUUUAUUGAUAGAAUACUGUAUAAAAAAGUUAAGCUUUAUUAUGUUCAGGAUGAAAAUAUAAUUUUUAAAAAAUAUGAAGGAACAUUAUGGAACUGA